UGCUGUGGGCGCGUCACGUGGACUCCUGUGAGUGAACCGGGUGUCACGCGGUAGUAUUGUGACUGGCUGUUUACCCUCGGAGACCACAACUAAACUUUAUGCCUUCAGACCUUUAGGAACUUUAAGUUAAUAUUAUUAAUAACAUGUAUCCCGAGGACAUUGGUGAACACGUUGCGGGCUGAAUGUGGAGCAGUGCUAAGUGUUCAAGAACGGUUUGGAUUUUGGUCAGCUGACCGCCUCUUGAGAAACAGCAUAUCAGGCCAUGGCUGGCAGGGAUGUAAACGAGAGCACUCCUCUUUUGGACAACUCUGUGGCUCCGACUAGAUCAGAGUCAGUGUUCAAUGGCAGGAGACUGGCAUGUGCUGCUAUACUGCUGGCAGAGUCUCUAGAGCGGAUGGCCUUCUAUGGCAUCACCUCGAACCUGGUGCUCUUCCUCAACAGCAGCCCCUUCUAUUGGGAGGGCACUUCGGCCAGCCAGGCCCCCUUGAUCUUCAUGGGAGUCACUUAUUUGAUAUCGCCUUUCGGUGGCUGGCUGGCAGAUGCAUUCCUUGGCAAGUUUGCAACCAUAGCAUUGAGUUUAGUUCUGUACCUGAUUGGGAUGCUGCUUUUCCCCUUUGUUGCCAACGACAGCACCAGGGCCUCUCUGUGUGGAGAAGAGAUGGCAUUCCCAGUGCAGUCAGCAGAGUGUUUCUCUGAAAACGGGACUGUGCCUGCCAAUGUGACCUGCAUGAAUCGGCCGUCCUACUGUGGGCCUGCGAUCUACAGUGGUCUGGUGCUGGUGGCUGUUGGGGUGGGAGCUGUCAAAUCAAACAUCACUCCAUUCGGGGCAGAUCAGGUGAAGGAUCGAGGUCCGGAGGCAACGCGGCGGUUCUUUAACUGGUUCUACUGGUGCAUUAAUCUGGGAGCGAUCUUCUCGCUGGGUGGAGUAGCUUAUAUUCAGCAGAACGUUAGCUUCUUUAUAGGCUACAUCAUCCCUGCCGUCUGCCUCGGGGUGUCCCUCAUCAUCUUUACCCUGGGCAGAACAGUAUUUAUAACCAAAUCUGCAGAUGGCAGUGCCUUCAGUGACAUGUUCCGGAUCCUGGCCUCGGCCCUCUGUGGACGCGGGCCAAAAGAACCAAGUCUGCUCAGGCCAAAGCCAUCUCUACUGGAUAGUGCAAAGGUGACAUACGGUGGGCGAUUUUCAGAGGAGAAGGUGGAGGAAGUGAAAUCGUUGGUUAAAAUACUUCCUGUUUUCCUGGCCCUGAUUCCAUACUGGACUGUCUAUUUCCAGAUGCAGACCACAUAUUAUCUCCAGAGUCUCCAUCUGACAAUUCCUGGAGCCGUUCCCAACUCCACAGACUCCCACCCGAAUACAUUUCGCUUCACGCCAGCUUGGCUGACCAUGUUUGAUGCCGUGCUGAUCCUCAUGUUGAUCCCCCUCAAGGAUAAAGUGGUGGACCCCAUCCUCAAACGCAAAGGCCUGCUGCCCUCCCCUCUGAAGAGAAUCGCUGUGGGCAUGUUCUUUGUCAUGUGCUCGGCGGUGGCAGCUGGCAUUUUAGAGACGAAGAGGCUGGAUAUAGUUCGCACACAAGGCCCCAUCCCGCAGUCACUCGGUGGAGUUACAUACUAUGCAGCCGAUCUACCGAUCUGGUGGCAAGUGCCGCAGUACAUCCUCAUCGGUGUCAGCGAAAUAUUUGCUAGUAUUGCAGGUCUGGAGUUUGCCUACUCCGCAGCUCCUCGCUCCAUGCAGAGUGCUAUAAUGGGCCUGUUCUUCUUCUUCUCCGGCAUCGGCUCUUUUGUGGGAUCGGGACUACUUGCUAUCGUCUCUCUCAAAGCCAUCGGCUGGAUGUCCUCACAUAAAGACUUCGGUAACAUCAACGAGUGCACACUGAAUUACUAUUUCUUCCUCCUGGCUGCCAUUCAGGGAGUCACACUCCUCGUCUUCCUCAUUGUAUCUGUGAAGUAUGACAAGCAGAAGCCCAGAUCAGUGAGCCACAGGGGGUCUCUGACCAAAUCAUGACCCCCCCAUCAUCCUCACCAGCUUUACACAGCCGUACGAUCACCUUCAUUCCUCAGCCACCAAAUCAUUUGCCAAAUAUUAAACCUCGUAGUUUUUCAAGAAUUAGGUUUUAAACUAUUUGAUUCAAAAUUGAAACACCGUUUACUGGAACUGGCCAUUCUCUUGCCAUUUUAAACACGCAAAAACAAUAUAAAAAAAAUAAAAUAAAAUAAUAAUAAGCUUAAAAAAAAAUAUCAUGUGAAAUGGUUGGAAAUGAGGUUUGUCCACUCCAUCAGUGAACUGGAUUAUAUAAUGCUUUAUUGUAGUAUAAACUUUGGGCAACACUUGUUCAAAAUUUGGGAUUUUUGUUGGUUUGACUAUGUCAAGAUUUAUACAUUUACUUGCUUAUAAUUUGAAGGUUUUUAAAUGGUUUACUAUGAGUAAACUUAUUAGUUUAAAUUAAAUAUUUAUUACACCUUUUAUUUUUGUAGUUUAUGCUCAACAGGGUAAGAAAAUACUCCUGUUCAGAUUUAUUUAAAAUUGUGUCUUUUGGCAUGUUUUUUUUUCUUUUGGUACAUUUGUAUUUUUUUAAAACACAAUUUAACAAUACUUUUGAAACUUUUUUCCACCUUUUCCUUUAGUCCAGGCACUGUCUGGACUGUAUUGUGUUUCUUUGGUCACUUUAUUUUAAAUUUGAAAUAAAUAUUAAUUUGUUACGCUGUUGAUGCUAAUUGGCUGAUGUCCAAAAGGGCAAAUACUGUAUGGUUGGCUACUCAUUUCAGAUGGGAGCCAGCCUGUACAGUUUUUUGUAAACAUCAGUCAAGUAGUUGAUAAAAACUUCAGUGCAAAAGACUUGCACAAUUUUAUUUUAUCACAUUUAGUUGUGUCCUUAACAUUUUAUUACAUUUAUAACUUUGGUACUAAACUGUGGCUUUACAAGUGUUUGUCACUUUUAAUUAUUUAUCAGGUAUUAGGCUUGUUUUGAAUGAUUUUGAUCAUAAGUGGUAAGGCCAAGCAGUCCAUUGCUCUUUAUAGUGGUUAUGAUACUAGUGUACCUGAGAAAUGAUGACUUUGCACAAGACAUGCUGAUAUCAUGAAGCACACACACAGCUCAGCUGACGUCUUUACAGCAGGAAUAUCUGAAUAUGAAUAGUUUUUCCUUUGAAAAAACCUGCGUCUUGUUUGUAAUGAUUCAUGAUCUUUCUAGAUUUGUAUAAGGAUUUUGGAUGAACAACAAACCUUAAGCUCAUAUUUUUAUCUGAAUGAGGUAGUGAAAUUACAUUAGCACUAAUCUCUAGUAAAAAAUAGCAUGUUUAUAAUUGAGUAUAUAUGCAGGCUUAUGAUACAUCCUUUAAAAAUGUAUACAUCAGCUUCAUAAUGUCAUCAUGCUGUAAAAAGGCGUCUUGCUUGAUGUAAUUUUCAUGCAAAUUUUGCAAUGACAACCCUUUUUGCUGCUGUAUUUGCCAACUAAUAAAUUAAGUCUGCUGUAUUUGCUUUGACUACAGGCUCAACAAAAUAGUAACAACGCUCCCUUUAUGCUUCUUUGCUAGUUCUUUUUAUGUGUUUUCAUACACGGGCAGUUCCUGUGGUUUGCUUUGGACUUUUUCAGCAGUUACACCUUGUGCCUUCAAUGCCAGAGUCGCUCCACAUGACUCU